CUCCACAUCUGCCUCCUCCACUUCUCUAUACCGUGGCUUGCGCAGCUAUGAAAAACGUCUCUCGUUCUUCCGGUUAAUGUCGAAGAAUAUUCGAGGCAUUGCGCCUCAUAAUUUACCCCCCAUUCCCCAGUCAGAGCCAGAGUCCUCAUGUCUUGGGAACUCCUGAAGCGCUUCAUCGAGAGCGAUGUAUUCAACCAGAAUCCAUUCCUUUCGGUAGCCUACCUCUCGUAAGAGCCCGCCACCCCUCUCUAUGCUGCGCGACCUUAUAGGCGGAUACUAAUUGUGUGUACAGACGGUAUGCGGACCACGUCGGAAUCCACUAUGUGUUAUGCUCCAAGCUCCGCCAGUUCAGUUACGAAGAAAUAGAGUUCUUUUUGCCGCAGUUAUGUCACCUUAUAAUAAGCGUCGAUAACGAGUCUAUGGCCCUGGAGGAAUUCAUCUUAGAUCUCUGCGAGGAAUCGGUCAAUGCGGCUCUGCUGGUAUUUUGCCUUCCCCUCAGGCGCAGGCUACGUGCUGACGAAAAUAAUGACAGACUUUCUGGCUGUUUCAAACAUAUCUCCACGACCUCUCUCAAAACCCACAAUCGGAAGCUUUCAAGACGUGUAGACGGAUCUAUAAUAAGGUACAGCAUAUCGUGUUUGGAGUUGCGGAGCCAGUAAGAAUUGAGAAGAUCAAGGAAAAUGUACUCCCAGUCACCGUCCUGGCAAGUUUUGUGUUGGCAAGUGCCGCAGUGCCAUUCUUGCCAAAAUGGGCUGGACCUCUAGCAAUUUCUCAGGCAAGAAAACCACAAUCCACCGGCGACGUUAUAUCGGAUGGCAGCCAGACGCAGCAAAGAAUAGCUCGCAGCCAUACAACCACACCAAGUACAUCGCGCUCGAAGAGGGGAAAAGAAGGAAGAAUUGGGAGCGCGCCGGCGACUGCAGCAAAUGGGACUCGACCCAAAUUAGCUCGAGCAAGUUCCGCAGAAAGGCCUAAAUCAUCAGCCUCGACUCGGAAGCCUGCACAUGAACCUCGACCGCGCCCAGCCCACCUCGACCUCAAAGCCAUUGAUCCUCGCCUCAGUUCCUCAUCCUUGCCACUGCCGGACUCGCGUUCCCCACGGAUGACUGCCAUGAGACCUGAACCACCUGCGACUGCAGGUCUUCCACCAAAGCGGCCAGCUGAGCCUCGAAGACAUUCCUAUGUUUCGAGACCUCUUACACCCUCCGCCCUGUCUGAUACACAAAAAGUAAAAUUGCUAAGGCAGAACUAUUUUCGCUGUGAAACCCAAUUUUUGACUGCUCUAGAAGACAUAUCCAAUCGGCUAGUUAUUGUCCCUAAGCCUGCACGGUUGAGUGCCCUACGUGCUGAGCUUGCUCUCAUUGCUCAAGAUUUGCCUGCGGAAGUGGAUAUUCCCGUCAUUUGUCCCGCAACUUUGGUAGAUGGAGCACCUAGCAAGAGCCGACAUCACCGCAUCGUGCGUUUAAAUCCUGCUGAGGCUACCGUAUUGAACAGUGCAGAGAAAGUGCCGUAUCUGUUGAUGGUAGAGGUUCUUCGUGAUGAUUUCUCAUUUGACCCUACCACUCACGAUAACCAGAGAUUACUUGCUAAGCUCAUGUCCGAGCAAGGAAAAGGCCGUAAGCGAAUUUUCGACAUAUCGGAAGCAGCCAAUAUUCCCCAUGGGACCAAAUCAAUAGCAGAAACCCCCUCAGAUAGCGUUUUUGAGCCGAUGUCUGGGGAUCUGGGAAGCUCGCCAAUUUUGAAAACAUUCGAAGCAUCAAUACCAGCAAAAGCAGUCACAUCCCCUCCACCCACUGCGCCUCCCCGGUUGUCUAGCGGUGCUACUACCUUGUCGACUACGUCAGUUCUUGAGACACCAAGGACAUCUGAGGCCUCAAGAUCUCGGUCAGGAAGCCCAGGCUCUUCACGACGUAAAAUGACGCUUCCGAGUUAUGGCAGAUCUGGUGCGUCAGACCAGCCUGACUUUUCGGCUUUGGCUACCCAUAUGCGAACAGCAUCACAAAUGCUCGCGCAAUUAGACUCCACGAGUGGCAAAAGACCAAAGAGCGAAGUUGCGGCAAUACGAGCCAAGAUCAUUGCCAGUAUGCAAAGUUUGGAAGAACAAAGUUUCGAAACGGACGACACAACGAAAACCCCCACAUUUGAUGUUAUUAUGGCAAAUGCGAACGUUGCAGCUGCAAAUGUCGCUGCAGAAGAGUUGGACGCCGAGAAUAUAUCUGAGCCAGCACUAAAUAGUGGUGCCGGUGCUGCCCGAAUGGAAAACGACCAGAAAACUGGCGGCGUGCAAAGAAGGGGGGAUCGAGAAGAUCCAAGUGCUGCAACCUUCGGUGAGGCUUGGAGUGCCAAGAAGGAAAGGAUCCGAAAAUCUUCGCCUUAUGGCUGGAUGCCUAAUUGGGAUGUCCUCAGUGUCAUCGUCAAGACUGGUGCUGAUUUGAGACAAGAAGCUUUCGCCUGCCAGUUGAUCCAGGCUUGCGACAAAAUCUGGCGAGAUGCUGACACACCCGUAUGGGUUAAGAGAAUGAGAAUUUUAGUAACCGGAGAGUCGUCUGGACUGAUCGAGACCAUCACAAACGGGGUAUCAUUGCACUCUUUGAAAAGAAGUUUGACGCUCGCAACCAUCGAGUCGGGACAGAAUCCUCGUAGACGGAUUGCUACGUUAAGGGACCAUUUUGUCAAAACCUUUGGAGCCCCCGAAACCGAAGCAUACAAAGCUGCAGAGGAUGCUUUUAAGAGGUCACUUGCAGCGUAUAGCAUCAUCUCGUAUAUUCUUCAACUUAAAGAUCGACAUAACGGCAAUGUUCUUAUUGACAAUGAAGGUCAUAUUAUCCACAUUGAUUUUGGGUUUAUGCUUUCUAAUUCUCCGGGUUCUGUUGGGUUUGAAGCUGCACCUUUCAAGUUAACACAAGAUUAUGUUGAUGUUCUUGGGGGCGUGGGUUCCCCAGGCUUCGACGACUACAAGAAAUUAUGUAAACAGGCUUUCCAAGGUAAUUAUUUCUCUACGAAGUUUUGAUUUGGUUGCUGACGGAUGACAGCUCUCCGAAGGUCUGCAGACAAUCUGAUAGAUUUAGUCAGCAUGAUGGGAGUUGAGUCAAAAAUGCCAUGUUAUUCUUAUGGUGUUCAGCAAGCUACGACCAGUCUUAGACAACGGUUCCAACUUCAACUCAGUGCUGAUGAGGCUGAGCAGUUUGUAGAAACUGACUUGAUUGGGAAGUCGCUAGGGAGUUACUAUACACGACUGUGAGUUGUAUUCUGCCAAUUUGAUUAGACUGAAACUAACGCAACAAAAGUUAUGACACUUUCCAAUAUCGAACACAGGGCAUAUACUAGGAGGUUGUUAAUUCGAAAUUUGGUGCAUGCGAGUGGCGUUGGAUAUCUUGGCAUUUACAAAUAUUGUUGGUAAAGGCAACGGUAGAUUCCCUAGGCAGUUAUGUGAGAUGUGUGUCACAUCUUUAGAAGAAGAACCCAGGUACUGCUAUGCGUAUACCGGUAUCAAACACAACUAGUGUGCGAAUCAUCAUCCGUGAAAAUGGUACUUGAAAAGGAU